AUGGUAUGGGAUGAACCUUCAUAUUCUGUGGAACAGAUGAAAUAUAUAGCGGUGAUGACGGUAUUCGCCAAGAGUAACACGAAGAAUUUACUAACCGGUGAGGAAGCACUGUCUGUUGAAGAAAUGGCUGAUGACGUCGCCCUUCCAGCGUCAGAGACUAGCGAAGCCUCCCUUAUAAUGGGUAUGCCCAAAUUUGAAGCCAUGAAAAUGUCGCUUUUGGAGUUUUCCCGAAGUCGCCAACCAGAUUUAUACAAUCCUCUGGACAAGGGCGUCGCAAUCAAUACUUG